CGGGGCGGGCCUGGGGUCCGGAAGCUCCGGCGGCUCCGCGGCGCCCGCCGCUUUGGGGUCGCCGGUCCCGGGCGGGCGAUGGGCUCGGCUGGCGCCUCGGGGCGCGCCACGUGGGUGCUCGCCGGGGGCCUCCUGGCAGCUGUCCUGGCCCUGCCCGAUGGGUCUGGAGGCCGAGGCUGGCUCCCCGCGGGCCCGGGUCCCCUCCGGCGCCCCCUCGGCGCGCAGCCUCCCUCGGAUGCCCCCGAGCGGACCGCGCAGGACUCGCCCAGUAUGAUUCAGCCCAAUGUGGAAAGCUCUCACUUUAAGACUGCCGCCUGCUGCUCUGACCACCUUGGGCAGAUAGAUUAUUCCCUCACCUUACCUGCCAGGGCCGUGUGCCGCCUCCUGCAGCAGCUGGCUGGAGCUUAG